AUGACCGUCUCUGUAGCCGUUGCCUUGAUGAGCGGCCGACGGAUGGAAGUCGAGGUGCUUCAUGACACAUCCGUCGAGGAGCUCCAGCGUCGCGCGGAAGUCGCGUUCGGUGUUCGCGGCUCGCUCCUCAGCGCUGGUGGGGUCUCCUUGGAUGGAAGCAUGACGGUCAGCUCGGCGGGUCUGCAGAAGGGCGAAGUCUUAACACUGGCAACGAGACCUGUUGCUGUUGCGGCAGCGGUUUCUGCCUUUGCUGCCAUCCUUCCGGAUGGCUCCGUAGUCUCCUGGGGUGAGCGACCCUAUGGUGGCGACUGCAGCACCGUACAGGGUCGGCUAAAGAACGUACAACAACUCCAGGCCUCUCAACAUGCCUUUGCUGCAAUGUUGGCAGAUAGGUCGGUCGCAACCUGGGGAGCAAGCUUCUGUGGCGGCGAUAGUCGGGCGGUUCAGCAUCUGCUGAAGAAUGUUCAAGAAAUCCAAUCGACCCGUUAUGCCUUUGCCGCCAUUCUGGGGGAUGGAUCUGUCAUCACUUGGGGCAAUGCUGACUAUGGGGGUGACAGCAGCCUUGUUCAAGAUCGCUUGAGGAAGGUGCGGCAGAUUCAGGCCACUCACUAUUCUUUUGCUGCAAUUCUGGAGGAUGGCUCCGUCGUAACUUGGGGUGAGCGCCAGGGUGACAGCAGCGCUGUCCAGGGCAAGCUGAAGAACGUGAAGCAGAUCCAAGCAUCCCAAUCUGCCUACGCUGCGAUCUUAACAAACGGCACCAUGGUGUCUUGGGGUGCCAAGUGUUCUCUUGGUGUUGUUGACCGCGCCGUCUACGAGCUGCAGGACGUAAGGCAGGUCCAUGCUGGCCAGAAUGCCUUCGCCGCCAUUCGAGCGGAUGGCUCGGUCGCUGCCUGGGGAAAUCCCGCAUACGGUGGCGAUUGCAGUGCCGUCCAAGACAAGCUAAGAGACGUCAAGCAAAUACAAGCUGCCCGCCUUGCUUUUGCCGCCAUGCUGGCGGAUGGCUCCAUCGUUACCUGGGGAAGUGCCGGUCAUGGUGGAGACAGCCGCUUCGUAGAGGAUCGGCUGCGGAAUGUGCAGCAGGUUCAGGCUUCGCACAAUGCCUUUGCUGCUCUGCUUCCCGAUGGCUCUGUCGUGACCUGGGGCGCUGAUGACUCUGGUGGCGAUAGCCGCUCUGUGCAGAAUCGGCUCAGGAAAGUGCAGCAGAUCCAAGCAAACAUGCAUGCCUUUGCUGCCAUACUGGCAGAUGGGUCUGUUGUAACUUGGGGGCAUGCUGACUAUGGUGGUGAUAGCGAUGCUGUCCAAGGGCAGCUGAAGAACGUGCAGCAGGUGCAGGCUUCAGACCUCGCGUUUGCGGCGAUUUUGGCGGAUGGAUCAAUCGUUACUUGGGGCUAUGCCAGAUACGGUGGUGACAGCAGUUCCGUUCGGGAGCAGCUCUUGCCAACUCAGGAUGAGUCUUCCUGGUUCCUCAAACUUGACGAUCCCACCGGGAAUUGGUCCUCCCACGUCAGUUGCAUCCCAGGAGAGCUGAAGACUGUGCUUGAGGAGUCUCGUCGAUUUAUUCACGAAGUCGCUUUAGGGCCGGAUGGGGAGUGGUUCAUAAUGUGGGAGGACGCGGAGACCUUUUUCGGCAACGCGUCCGAUUUGUUUGCUGCGGCGCUUCAUGCCACGAAGGACUCGGAUGGCAAGAUGCAGGUCUCUUGGGUUGCUUUUGGCCCACAGCAGUCGUCUUUUGUUCACCGCGUGAAUGGCGAGCCAUUUUGGCACGGCCUCCCAAAAGAAUUAGAGGAGCUGGUGGCGAGGCACCCACGGGACGUGAAGCAUCUGGCGCUGGCUCGUCCCACGGGUUGGUGCGUGCUCUUCCACCACGGUGUUUGGAAGUGGCGCUUGCCACCAGAACAUGGGCUUUCAGCGUUUCUGAAAAGCCCCGAGGCUUACACAUUGAAUCAUGUUUACUUCGGAAAUAACGGCGAGUAUUUCAUCGAGACAAGGCAGCGUGCACAGUGGAAUGCAGGAGAUUCGCUCAGCGAGGUCUUGUCGUAUUACUGCAACAGAAGCUCGCGACAGGAAAAGGUCAAAUCUGCCCUUGCCGAGUGCCCGACUUUGUCGCAAGAAAAUGCAGAACUCAUGACAGUUCUUAUGAAGGUGCUUGAGGAACAUCGUGAGGAUUGCUACUUCGACCAGCUCCUGGAAACGAUCAAGAGCAAGCUGCUUUUCGAUCCACAAUUCACCCGCCUGUAUUCCUUCAAUACUGCCUGCUAUGGCCAACGAGGAGGAUACCCAUACUUCAAGCCAUGCGGAUGGCGUAGAUGCUCGCUUGCAAUCGACAAGUUCGAAGAGUAUGCAGGUUGGUGCAUUGCAUAUCAUGGGACAAGUUGCCAGAAUGUCGCGUCCAUCAUGCUCCGUGGACUCCGAAGGCCAGGUGAUCAAGGUGUCUGUGUUGCGCAUGGUCAGGCUUACAGCACCAGCCGCCGCACUAUUUACGUCAGUCCAGCAAUUGAGUACGCGGCUUUUCCAGUUUAUGCAGAGUUCUUGGAAAUGGAGGAGAAUCAUUGGGCUCAGCUUGUUCUUGAGUGUCGCGUUCGUCCGGGCUCAUUCGUAGUGAAGCCAGGAUCCUUGGGGAACAAGUAUUGGCCGGAGCAUCUUCGCAUGGACUCGAACUUCGAAACGAAUUCUGAGCUGGAGUGGCUGAUUGAAAGUCCAGAUGACGUCGUGUUCACUGGGCUCAUGAUCCGUGAGUUCGGAGAAGCAGCAAACGAAGAAAUCUACGGAAGCUUGGUGCGCCAAGUGACCCUGGGAAGACAAGGCCCACAGUUUGAAUGGACAAAGCUGCGAGCCGCAAAGUACGAGCGAUUGCAGCAUUAUGUCUGA